AAAAAAAAAGUAUAUAGCCCAAUCCAAAUGAUUAUCACCAAUGUUUCAACUAAUAAUUUAAUCAACUUUCAAUUAAAUUUAAUCUUGUGAGAGUCUUGAUUAUGAUAAAGUGUUUUCGAUCACAAUCAACUAAUCGAAACUUGUUAAUUUAAGUUAAAAGUUUUCAGUUUUAUAAGUAAAUCGGACGAUACAAGAAGGAAAAUCCAAUCGUCGAAUCUUAAACUUGAAAAGACGAAAAGAAAAGUAAUUAACUAAUCUGAUUAACUUAAUAUCGAAAUUUAAAGUAAAGAAAAAAAAAGUUAAUUAGAACUCGAAAUGAACAAUUUACGAAGAUAUCGAUUUCAAACUCGACGAUGUUGUUCAACUCCAGCAGUUGCGAGUUUACCUGAUUUCUCUGAUUCUUACCUGGAAGAUUUGAAGAAAAAAAUCUUCAUCGAAAAGGACGAACGAUUGAAGGAACUUAAAGAGGAACAGUCUGGUUCUGAUCGGUCAGUUUCACCUUGUCCACCAUCUCUACCCUUUCGAGCACCACCACAACCACCACUUCCACCACCUGAACCAACAACAGCUCAACCAGUCGUUCCUAAACUUGACCCGAAAGAUAUAUCAGUCCAAAAGAAUCAUGGAACUGAUUCUUCUUCCUCAUCGUCAUCAAGUGAAACUGUUGAACGAAACGAAAAACUUUUCGAUGGAGUUGUUGCCGAAAAUGUUAACGAUCAACAAUUGGAAAAAGUUGAUGACCCCAACGAGAAAAGAAAUGUUCAAAUUGAAUCUCGAACAAAAGAUGAAAGUUCUUCAGGUCAACAGGUCAAAUGGGAUGAUGAUGUUUUCGAUUCGAGUCAUUGUAAUGCGAACAUUGUUGGUUCUAAUGCGAUGGUUUUUUCGCUCAAUAACCAAGUCGGUGGUUUGGUUCGAGCUCUUCGAGUUUUCCAGGAAUUGGGAAUCAAUGUUCAUCAUAUUGAAUCGCGAAAAUCUCGUCAAAGAGAAUCAGAAUAUGAAAUUUUCGUUAACAUUGAUUGUGAUGAUUCUCAACGGAUGAAUGAGCUUCUUCACCAUUUAAGACACGAAGUUGAUUGUUGUACUUAUGAAGAGUUCGAACGUUCAAAACAUCGAACUGUCACUCGAAGUAAAAGUAAAUCUCGAUUAUUAUCACAAGCAUCAAUGGACAAUGAACUUCUUCAUGAAGGAAUGCCCUGGUUCCCUAAAAGAACAUCAGAAUUAGAUUAUUCAUCAAAUCGAGUUCUAAUGUAUGGAUCAGAAUUGGAUGCUGAUCAUCCGGGUUUCAAAGAUCCGAUUUAUCGUGAGAGGCGGAAGUACUUUGCUGAUGUUGCUUUUAACUAUAAACAUAAUGAGCCAAUUCCUCGAGUUGAAUACACCGAAGUCGAGGUAAAAACUUGGGGAAUCAUUUUCGAGGAAUUGACCAAAUUAUACUCUAAACAUGCAUGUAAAGAGUUCAAUAAAAACUUAUCCCUGUUAAUUAAAUACUGUGCUUAUCGGAAGGAUAAUAUACCUCAAUUGGAAGAUAUUUCCCAAUUUCUGAAAAAUCGAACAGGAUUCACAUUGAGACCAGUUGCUGGUUAUUUAUCGGCUAGAGAUUUUCUCGCUGGAUUAGCAUUCAGGGUGUUCCAUUGUACUCAAUAUCUAAGACAUUCAAGUGAUCCCUUUUACACACCAGAACCUGAUUGUUGCCAUGAAAUCCUUGGACAUUGUCCAUUACUGGCAGAUGAAAGUUUCGCUCAAUUUUCACAAGAGAUUGGAUUAGCCUCGUUGGGAGCAAGUGAUGAGGAAGUUGAAAAACUGGCAACGUGUUACUUUUUCUCAGUUGAAUUUGGACUCUGUAAACAAGAUAAUGAGCUUAAGGUGUAUGGAGCUGGCUUGUUAUCAUCAGCUGCUGAAUUAAAGCAUUCUGUCUCGGAAUCAGCUUGUGUACUUCCCUUUGAUCCAGCGAUAACUUGUCAACAAACUCCAAUGAUUACGACCUAUCAACAGGCUUAUUUUUAUACUGAUUCAUUUGAAGAAGCCAAGGAACAGAUGAGAGACUUUGCUGCGACCAUUAAACGGCCAUUUGGAGUACGAUACAAUCCUUACACCCAAUCGGUUGAAAUUCUGAGCAAUACCCGGAAGAUCAUGUCUCUUGUUUCAGAGUUAAAGGGCGACCUUUGUAUUGUUACAAAUGCACUGAAAAAGAUUAAGGAGAAAGAAGCAGAAACGGAAGGUGAUAAUAUGAUUGAGAUGACAACAACAAACGAUGAUAAUAAUCAAGAUAAUAGUCGAAAUGAUGAUGAUAAAGAUGACAAACAAUUAAACAAUAUUCUCACUGAUAAGUUAAAUUGUGAUCAUCAUGGUGAUAAUAUCUCAGCAAAUGUCGCAUCAGAAAUAACAAAUAGUAUCACAGCUCAGAUUAUUAAUGCAUCAACAGCAAUUGCUGAUUGUAAGAUUGUUGAGAAUUGAUUGUAAUCAUAAUCAUUAAUCUCUAUCUCUUUAUCCAGUGGUCAUUUUGUGGUCAAGGAAACACAAUUAGAGAGUAAAACUAAACAAAACUCAUUUAAAUGUUUGCAACUGGAAAAUUAGAUGAAACAAUUAAUUAUUUAGAAAUUCAAUAUAACCUAAUGAUUAAUUGCUAUUCUAUAUUUAAAUCAAUUAAUCAAUUAUUUGGUGUGACAUUUAAUUUAACUGUUUAAUUGUUUAUCACAAUCAGUUUUUUUCCCAUUGAUUAUUGUCCAACUGAUUGUUUGAUUAAUUGUUUAUCAAUAAUUUCAUUUUAUUUUGACUUUGAUUUUGAUUUCUUAAUUGUUGUAUUAUUAUUACUUUUAACUAAUUGCAAGUGUCUCCAAACAA